AUGUCUCUCUCGAUACCCAACGCCCCCAACGCCGGGCUGUUCAAGCAGGGCUACCAGAACUACGACGCCGAGGAUGGCGCUGUGAUUCGCAACAUCGACGCCUGCAGGACGAUUGCCCAGACUGUCCAGACCUCUCUCGGUCCCUAUGGACGCAACAAGAUCGUCAUCAACCACCUCCAGAAGAUGAUCCUCACCUCCGAUGCCGCCACGAUACUGAGGGAACUCGAGGUCGUGCACCCCGCCGCAAAGCUCCUGGUCAUGGCCAGCCAGCAGCAGGAGGCCGAGAUGGGCGAUGCGACAAACCUCGUCAUCGUUCUUGCUGGCGAGCUGCUGAAGAAAGCAGAGGAGCUCAUCCGCAUGGGCCUCAAGACAAGUGACAUCGUGUUGGGAUACGAGAAGGCACAGAACGCAGCACAGCAGACUCUAGAGGAGCUCGUAUGCGACAAGGUCGAAGAUAUCCGGUCGCAAGCAGAGCUCGCCAAAGCCAUCCGAACCGUCGUCGCCGCAAAACAGUCUGGCAGCGAAGACUUCCUCGCCGAUCUCGUCGCAGAAGCCGUCCUCGCGGUGCUGCCCAAGAACCCUGUCAACUUCAACGUUGACAACGUCCGAGUCGUAAAGAUUAUGGGAGGCGCACUGGAGCAGAGCAAGGUCGUCAAGGGUAUGGUCUUCGCAAGAUCGCCGGAGGGCAACGUGACAAAGGCCACCAAGGCCAAGGUCGGAGUCUUCUCGUGCCCCAUCGACAUCUCACAGACCGAGACCAAGGGCACCGUCCUCUUGCACAACGCAAAGGAGAUGAUGGACUUCACAACGGGCGAAGAGCAGCAGGUCGAGCAGGCCAUCAAGGAGCUGCACGACUCUGGCAUGCGCGUCGUGGUUGCUGGAUCCACCAUCGGAGAGCUCGCACAGCACUACCUCAACCGCUACAACAUGCUCACCAUCAAGAUUCUCUCCAAGUUCGAGCUGCGCCGGUUAUGUCGCGUUGUUGGCGCCACACCUCUGGCGCGUCUGGGCGCACCUAUGCCCGAUGAGAUGGGUACCAUCGACGUGGUUGAGACCCUGGAGAUUGGCGGUGACCGUGUCACCGUCUUCAGACAAGAGAACGAGCAGACACGAACAGCAACGCUCGUCCUGCGUGGUGCUACCCAGAAUCACCUUGACGACGUUGAGCGUGCUAUUGACGACGGUGUCAACGUAGUAAAGGCCAUCACCCGUGACGCACGACUGGUGCCAGGAGCAGGAGCCACAGAGAUGCAGCUCAUCGAGCGAAUUAAGACCAUUGCCGACAAGACACCCGGCCUGGCACAGUACUCCAUCCGCAAGUUCGCCGAAGCAUUCGAAGUCAUUCCCCGCACGCUCGCCGAAUCAGCAGGCCUCGACGCCACCGAAAUUCUCGCACGCCUGUACGUCGCACACGCUGCACAGAAGGGCCGCAAGGACGACGAAUGGACCAUCGGUGUCGACAUCGAGAACGACGACAACACCGGCACCCUGGACGCAAAGGAGGAGGGUAUUCUUGACCUGUGGGUCAGCAAGAGCUGGGCCAUCAAGCUGGCUAGCGAGGCCGCAAGGACAGUGCUGAGCGUUGACCAGAUCAUCGUCGCAAGGCAAGCCGGCGGACCCAAGAUGCCAGGGAAGGCCCAGCAGGGCAACUGGGACAACGAUGACUAG